AUGAACUCAGGAACAACGCGCCACGUCAUUGACCUGGCAUCCGCAGCAACGCUUCCUAGCAACAACAACAAGAACAGCAGCAGAGACAGUAGUAGUAGUACUAGUACUGGAAGCAGUGCAAAUUAUCACAAUGCCCCGUUUUCUUCGUCGCCCUCCUCUCUCUCACCAAUAUCGCCCCCGCCACGUUCUGAGACGGCAGUGUUAGUGGGGUCAAGCAGAGCGUUGCCAGUGCGUGACUCUGACCCCAAAUCGCCUCCAUUACGUGAAAAAACGCGAACACCUAUGGCGGUGGAGCUUCUGCCGGUGGACUCCGACAGCAUUGCACGUCCCGGUCCGUCCCGUGCUUCGCAUCUAGGAGACGGCAAGCACAGUAGGGAAGCACCUUUGAGGCGAGUAUCGGUUGCUGCUUCUUCUGGUACUGGUACUGGUACGACAACAAUAGACGCGCCUGGCAUGGUAAACCCUCCAAGGUACCGGCUGAAGCAUGGCAAUUCCGAGGGCCAGUUGAAGGGCGCUAGUUUCGAGUCAGCUGCAGAGCGUGCUGAGCGACGUGACUGGGCACGCAGCCUGCAGCGCUGUUUGUUGGAAACUGAAGCGGAGUUGCAAGAAUCCCGCUCCGUCGUUAAGGCACGUGAGCGGGAGGCCCUCGUGGCCUCCAAAGAAUUGGCACGUCUUCGUGAGAUGGUGUCCUGGCAGGCGCAACGCAUUUCAGAACUGGAGCGGGGCCUUUCGAACGCGCACCUCCCCGAUGAUUGUGGUGGAAAGGCAGAGGCAGUCAAAGGGGGUGGGGCUGCUGCCGUUUUCCCGUCCACUGCUCUGGGUGGGGUAGACAAUGGCGUGUCCCUCGACGGCCUCUCUCCCUCUGAUGUUAAGCGUGCCGUUCACGCCGCGGUGGAGAUGCUGAGUGGCAUUGAGGCGCAGUACCAGGCGGAAAAGUGUCGGCGGCGGGCCCUUGAAAAGGAAAAUGACGCACUUCGUCAACGUCUGUUUCUUUCAUGGCGAAGGGAAAAGGGCGUUCACGACAUCCCCAGCCUUUCCUGUGGUGAUGAGACGCAUGCCUGUCCUGUGGCAUUCGUGCAGGGCCCGUUGCGGCGAUUCCUGGCGGAGGCUGCGGAGAUGCAAGCGAAAAUAAAGAUGCCCCCCGCGAGCCGCGCGCAUGUACAAUCCUGA